GUUACCUGUCGCCUCUCCGCCGGUACGGUGUUACCUGUCGCCUCUCCGCCGAUACGGUGUUACCUGUCGCCUCUCCGCCGGUACAGCGUUACCUGUCGCCCCUCCGCCGGUGCGGUGCCGCGGGGACUGUGAUGGCGAGUUGCAGAGCUCCCCAGUCCGGGGAUGAUUUGCCUCCGGACGGAUCGUGCGAUGUGUGCGAACCCGACGAGGCUCGAACCGCUCUCAAGGUGUGCGACACCUGCGCUCUGUCCUUCUGUCAACUCCACGCCGAGGAGCACGACGCCAAACCGUCCAGCAGCCAACACGGCCUCCGGGACUUCAGGGCGGCCGAGGCGGGUCCCGCUGGUGCGGUGACCCCCAGGUCCCGGGGGGAGGGAGAGGAGGGGGUCCCGGGCAACCAGCAACAGGAGGGGCCCCACUCCGGCUCCGGCUCCCAACAGGACGAGGAGGAAGAGAAGAAAGGGGAGAGGAAGAAAUGCCCAGAGCACAAUCAGGAGAUCACGUUGUACUGCAAAGACGAUGAGAAGAUUAUCUGUGUGCUGUGCGCUGUGGGGCCACACCGGCAGCAUGAGCUCAUCACCUUAGACGAAGCCUAUGUGGCUUUCAAAAACCGACCCCCUGUUGACAUGAAGUCUGCCAUGACGGGGAUGGUGGAUCGCCUGCGGGCAAAGAGUCAGGAUCCUCACGUGACACAGGAAGAGAUGAUUGAGUGUGUCCAGCAGGAGUUUGCUAAGAUCAGGCAAUUGCUGUGGGAGGAGGAGAGGAAAGCACUGCACAUGGUGGACCUGCAGGAGGCGGUGGCCACGGCACACGUAGCCGAGCUAAUUGCAGACAUCAACGUGUCCAUGGGCAAACUGACCGAAGAGAUGGAGGAGAUCACCAACCAGCUCAACACCUUCAACCAGCUGGCGCUGCUCAAGCCACAAGUCAUCGGCCAGGAUGGGGAAGCCAAACCCAGGGGUAACGUACACCGAGAUGGGCCCCCUCAUCCAGGGAGGGGCGGAGGGUCCGCUGGGCACCCCAGUGCCACCGGGCCAUGAAGAAGAGGCUGGCGUGUGGGUCAGGGAUUUCUGAAUUGGCUGCUUUUCCCAUCUUCCUGGAAGAUGUCAAGUGCGUGUUUAAGCCUCGAAACCCGGAAAUUCCUGAACGCUGAUCACUGGUCUCCUCUCAGUUUCAGGUGGG